AUUGCCUUUUGGAAGAAUGUCUUUGUCUUAGUCAAAAAUUACAUAUAUCAAGACUAUGUCUAUGUCAACAUCGGAAUGGCAUGCAAUCAUCUUAUAUCUACAUAACACUUAAUGAAUGUGACUGCUACCAUGAAAAAAUAUUUAGUAGCCCCAUUUUUAUCCCUUUCAAACAAACGAUUGAUAUUGUAAAAGCCACAAAAAACGAGCUUGAAGAUGAAGCCGCUCG